AAGCAAGGAGAGCCUUUACCCCAUUUUAUUCCCAUCCUUUAUUCCCCCUUUCUCCCUCCGAUUCCCCACAUUUUCAUUUUCGGAUCGGAUCCAGCCAUGAGGCGUCUGUGUCCCAACAUCGACCGAGACGACGGGCUCGAGACGAUUCUGGAGGUCCCCAUCCCGGAAGAGCUCUUCACCAGCAUGGGCAGCAACGUCACCCUCCGUUGGCAAAACAUGUCCACUUGGAUGAAGGCCCAAACCUCCGACAAAUGGUCUUCCCCGAUCAUCGCCAAUCGCUUCAACGAGCUCCGAUUUCUCCUCUACCUCGUCGGAUCCCCCCUCAUCCCUCUCCAAGUGCAGCUCGGCCACUCCGUCCACCGCCCCGUCAGAGAUUGCUCCAUCGAGGCUUCGACCGCGAAGUACAUUGUGCAACAGUACACGGCGGCGACGGGAGGCCCGGCGGCGUUGAAUUCAGUGCAGAGUAUGUGCGUGACCGGGCAGGUGAAGAUUAAGGCGUCUGAUUUUCAUCUGUCGGAUGUGAGCAUCGAGGUGAAGAAGAGCACGGAGGAGAUGGGCGGGUUUGUGCUUUGGCAGAAGAAUCCAGAUCUUUGGUGCUUGGAGCUCGUGGUUUCGGGUUGUAAAGUUAUUUGCGGCUCUAAUGGCAAGGUUUCCUGGCGACAUUCUUCUAAUAAUCAACAAUCUCCCAUCUCCUCUGGCCCUCCUCGACCUCUGCGCCGAUUUCUCCAGGGUUUGGACCCAAGAGCGACCGCCAACCUAUUCAUAGAUGCGAUGUGUAUAGGCGAGAAGCUAAUCAACGACGAAGACUGCUUCAUUCUAAAGCUGGAAACGAGCCCGGCGAUUCGCGAGGCUCAAAGCGGCUCCAAUUACGAGAUAAUCCACCACACAAUUUGGGGCUAUUUCAGCCAACGCUCCGGCCUCCUCAUCCAAUUUGAGGACUCUCGGCUUCUACGGAUGCGAACCAAAGCGGGCGAAGACGUCUUCUGGGAGACUAGUACUGAGUCCUUCAUGGACAACUACCGCUACGUCGACGGCGUUAAUAUCGCCCACAGCGGCAAGACCAAUGUCACCGUCUUCAGAUACGGCGAACAGUCCGCUAAUCACAAGCGGGAGAUGGAGGAAACUUGGAAGAUUGAAGAGGUGGAUUUCAAUGUUUGGGGGUUGACGAUGGAGAGCUUUCUCCCGCCGCCUGGCACCGCCCUGUUGCAGUUGCAGGAGGGUUGCUAGAUGCCGGCUCAAGGAUAUUCAAUUUCUUAUUUUGUAUAUAGAAAUUUUAAAGUUUGUCCUAAUUUUCUGUAAAAUUUGAUCGUGUAUCGCUCUUGUCUGUUAUGGCAAGGAGUUCGAUUAUUAUUA